CCCCCAGUCCUAAGCACCAGUUCUAGCUUAUUAUUCCCGCAUCUCUCCUUCACAGGCUCGCUCUCCCCCUCUCCGUCACCGUGCCUGCAGUCAGUCCGGCUCCGCCCGCCCCGAACCCGAGCGUCCCACCGCCACCUCCUCGCCGCUCCCCAAACUGCCGCGGCAUCCUCAUCAUUCACCCCCCAACGCCCGCAUCUCCAGCUCAUCCCGACCCCAGCAUCCUCUCCGACACCCCCCCCGAGGCGGUCAGCUUCCCUCGUUCCGAGUCGCGACAUCCAGCCCCGAUCGACGCUCCCUUCUCUGACUCCUCACACGCCCCUCUCACCUCCCCGCCACCAUGCCCGACGAAGAGCCGUCCCUGAACAUCCCCUCCCUCCUGACCCUCGCCGUGGUCUCCUUCUUCGUGCUCCGCUGGUUCCUCAACCGGGAUGGCGACGCCGGCGCCGGCAGCGGUCGCAGUCGGACGCGCGGAGGGGUCGACCCGGCCCAGGUCGAGCAGAUCGCCCAGAUGUUCCCCCAGCUCAGCCAUCGUGAGAUCAUGUGGGACCUGCAGCGCAACGGCGGCAACGUUGCGGCGACCACGGAGAGAAUCCUGACGGGUCGCGGAUUGGAAGUGCCCCCUCCCUCCUUCCAACCUCAAGUCGCCAUCCCCGCCACUGCCCCCGUGCAAUCGGCGCCCGUCCCCGCCUCCAAGGCCGAUGGCCAGGACCUGAUCUCUCGGUACAACCUGAGCUCGAAAGUCGAGGACGACAGCUCCCCCGAACCCGCGCAGUCGCAGACCCCCCCGACGGGCUGGUCGCAGAGCAAGGAGGAGCGCCAGCGCCUGCUCCAGAAGCGGAGAGACGAGAUGAUCUUGGCGGCACGUAGGAGAAUGCUGCAGAAGGAGCAGAGUGCCCAAUAAGCUCUUGUUUCUUUUUUGGGGGUUGAGGUCCCUGUUCCGGGUUACCCGGAAGUGGUGGCCUUUUUUUUUUUUUUUU